GCAAGCGGCGAGUGUCUGAAGGCGGCUUCUGUGAGGAAAACAGACUUUACUGUGCUGUUGAUCUGUUACCAACAUGAGCGGCCUGCCUGGGGUCGAGAAGACCCUUCUCCCCCAGACCCGCAGCCUCACUAUCCCUGACCCUGCCAAGGAAGAUCCCGACCAGUGCCUGACGCUCCGCGGAGAAUCGGAGGCGGCUCCGGCGAUGGCGGAGACAAGUGAGGCAAGCGUGGAAACGGUCGCGCGCCCAUCGCCCCAGCUUUCAGAGGACGGGGAUGUACCCUGGGAUCCCGCGGACGCGGACGGUGCCCCGGCUCCCCAGAUCCGAGUCGCUGGUUGUCGCGGUCACCUGGCGACCGGAGCCCAGCAAGGGGAGGCUCCUCCUCUCACGGAGGGCCUGGAAGCUGCCUCUGAGUUGGUGGCCACCGUUAGCCGUCCGAAAAGUGAUUUUCAGGGUGAGGAGAAGGCCCUGGAAACCUGUGGUGCGAAGAGGUCGGGGUCUGAGGUGAUGGUGGAGGCGAAGGUUCUGGAAGCCAAGGCUGAAAAGGGCUCCAUGCCCUCAGUAGCAGUGGGAGCGGAGGAGAGGGCUGAGGUGAAGGAAGGAGUGGUGGAGGAGGCGAUGGAGGUGGAACAGCUCGCAGGUGGAGAAGUGGAAGCCCUGGAGGAGAGGAGAGUGGUGGAAGAAGCUGAGGAGGCAGGACCCUGGCAUAUGGAUCUCCGCAUGAACCCCCUGGAGGCCAUCCAGAUGGAACUGGACACUGUGAAUGCUCAGGCUGACAGGGCCUUCCAACAACUGGAGCAGAAAUUUGGGCGAAUGCGUCGACACUACCUAGAGCGGAGGAACUACAUCAUUCAGAAUAUCCCGGGCUUCUGGAUGACUGCCUUUCGGAACCACCCCCAGUUGUCCGCCAUGAUUAGAGGCCAAGAUGCAGAGAUGUUAAGGUACGUAACCAAUUUGGAGGUGAAAGAACUCAGACACCCUAAAACUGGCUGCAAGUUCAAGUUCUUCUUUCGAAGAAACCCCUACUUUAGAAACAAGCUGAUUGUCAAGGAAUAUGAAGUCAGAUCCUCCGGCCGAGUGGUGUCUCUUUCCACUCCAAUCAUAUGGCGCAGGGGACGUGAACCCCAGUCCUUCAUUCGCAGAAACCAAGACCUCAUUUGCAGCUUUUUUACUUGGUUUUCAGACCACAGCCUUCCAGAGUCUGACAGAAUUGCCGAGAUUAUCAAAGAAGAACUGUGGCCAAAUCCACUGCAGUACUACCUUUUGCGUGAAGGAGUCCGUAGAGCCAGACGUCGCCCAAUAAGGGAGCCAGUGGAGAUCCCCAGGCCCUUUGGGUUCCAGUCUGGUUAACCUCUGUCCUUGGGAACACUGCUGCAUAGGUUUCCCGCACCUCCUCCUGUGCUUGGGCAAGAUCAGUGGGUGUGCUUUUUUUGUUGUUGUUUUUUUCUGAACUUUCCGUACCCUUUCUUCUUUCUUGAUAUUUAGUUCUUUCAAUAUCAAGAUUGAGAAGACUGUCAUGGACCUUUUCUCCACUUCCACGUGGCCUCCAUGCUAUUCUGUAUUAUCACAUUGCAUGGCUACUAACACUUCUAAGCCAAGCUGUAGGAUUGCACUACCUUUACAUUGCUUAGACUUUUCCCCAGAACUUCUGAUCUGGUUACUACCACUUGGAUUUCUAGUUUUGUCUGGGAACACAUUCUACUCACCCUGCUCUCCUUCCAGCAGUAAUAGGCACAUGAUCUGUGGACAAUUACUGGGCAUUAAUGAUGUGAAGGGAGAGCAAGAGUGGACCACUUGUUCUGUGUGAUUUAUACUUCUCUAUUGCUUUUCCUGCAUCCUGGGUUACCUUUUAGUGUUGCCUGCUAUUGGCUAUGCCCACCCUCCUUGGUUUUUGCUAAGGCUCCUCUCUCCCACUUUCUCCCUUUUUCUCUUAGUUAUUGAAGAAAAAAUAAUUCAGAAACAGUGGCAAAAGUAAACUUUUUAGUUUAUUUUGCAUAUUAUAAUUUCCAGAGAUAGAGAGGUUGCCCCGUAAAGUAGAAUAUUAGAGCUUUGAUCACCCUUCUGCUCUCUUCCCAAUAACCAGCCCCUUUGGCAAGCCCUAGAGAGCUUAAGGGAGAAAGCACUAGAUGGAAAGAAAAUGGGAGUUACUUUAUAAAGGKAGAACUAAAGAGAUUGUGAAGGGUGCUUUAAGCAAUGGAAACUAAAACUCUAUAGAGGCAUAAAUGAGCCAGGUAAAAAUUUGGGUGAGACUGAACUGAUUUGAGAGCCUGAGUCUUACUUUGUCAAUGGUGAUGGCAAGAGAAAUAUUUUCUCAGGAUUGGGAUUAAAAAAUAUCCCAGGAGUUUAGAGUGUUACAUAUGUUGUCUAGAUAAGAGUUCUUGAAAGGAACAGUGAAAAUUUGGAAGCUUUCUGUUUUUAUGUGAUCAGAUGUAUUUGGAAGAUCAAUAUUGUGUCCYUAUUUCACUACAAUUUAGUAAAAUCUUGUUAUUUUCUGUUUGUUUAUUAGAAAAGUUGAGCUGUUACAGGCUUUCUUUUGCUUAAUUUGAUAAUAUUUGGAAGAAUAACAGUCUUAAUUUUCUGUAAAGUAUUGACUGUUUACAAGUUUUCAACUUUUUUUUCCCCUUCUAUUACUGUACCUUUAGAAACAUAGUUUGGGUAACUUGUCUUUGUCAGACUUGUCAAAUUAUUGCCUUCCUGGAAAAUAA